GAGAUUAGCGUCGCGAAUCAUAUAUUUGAGAGAAUUGUUAAAAUGAAAUGUAAAAUUCCUGAAAUAUCCUGGCAUAAUCGUGAUCCUGUGUUAAGUGUUGAUAUACAAACAAAAAAGGAAAGAAGCGACGUGCAUCGCUUAGCGUCUUCUGGCACAGAUGCCCACGUAUUAAUUUGGUAUAUGAAAAUUACAAGAAACGAUGUUGAGUUGGACUUGGUUGCUGAUUUAACGAGACAUCAAAGGGCAGUUAAUGUAGUGAAGUGGUCGCCUAACGGGGAAAUGCUUGCGUCGGGAGAUGAUGAAAGUGUUAUUUUCAUAUGGAAGCAGAAAUCAGAUUUGGAACAAUUAAACAUAUUGGACAAUAAUAAUGAACAAGAUAAGGAGACGUGGGUAACGUUGAAAGUGUUGCGUGGUCAUAUGGAAGAUGUUUACGAUUUAAGUUGGUCACCCAAUUCAUUAUAUUUGGUGUCAGGGUCAGUAGAUAAUUCAGCGAUGAUAUGGGAGGUGCAGAAAGGUAAAUCGAUAGCCAUCUUAAGCGACCACAAAAGCUUUGUGCAAGGGGUAGCUUGGGAUCCAAAAAAUCAAUACAUAGCGACCUUAAGCACUGAUCGAUAUUUGCGCAUUUUUGAUAUACAAACCAAGAAGAUUUUAUAUCGUCUUAACAAAAGUAUUUUGCCUUUACCCGAGGGUCAUGCACUGCACGGGAAGCAUAUGCGCAUCUUUCACGAUGAUACGUUGCAAACAUUUUUUCGUCGCCUUAGUUUUACGCCAGAUGGCAAAUUAUUAUUAACCCCAGCCGGCAUAACAGACUUUGAAAGUGUCUCUAAACCUUUGCAUGCCACCUACGCUUUCACUCGUUAUAAUUUUCGGCAACCGGCGAUUGUCUUGCCUUGUUCUGAUCAAUACACAAUAGCAGUGCGUUGUUCUCCGCUCUUAUAUCGAUUAAGACCUUAUAAUGCAAAGAAAAAUCCUCCAGUCAUUUCCUUGCCAUAUCGAAUGAUAUUUGCUGUUGCUACGCGUAGUUCUGUCUACUUCUACGAUACUCAGCAGAAAUCACCCUUCGGAUUAAUAUCAAAUAUUCAUUACACUCGCCUAACUGAUAUUACUUGGUCUAGCGAUGGUCGCAUUGUGGUCGUCUCAAGCACUGAUGGCUUCUGCUCAUUAAUUACUUUUGAAGAAGGAGAAUUAGGUGACAUAUACGAGCAGUCGGAGGCUGUGUUGAAAGCUGCUCUGUCUGAAGAUUUGCUACUUAAUACAAAGAAAGCGAAGAAAUCGAAAGACAAUGAAUCUCACAAAUUGAGAAAUCCUUCAGCUGAUAAUAACGCGGAUAAAGAGACGAUGUACAAAAUGCGAGAAGACAAUUUGCAUUCGGAAAAAUUCACUGGAAACGACGCGCAAGGCGAAACCAAGUUUAAAAAAGUUAAGCAAGAAAUCGAAAAAAAAAUAUGUCCAAAUGAGGCGUUUCAAGAAAAAAAUUAUAACGAAGCCACUACUGAUAGUGGCAACGAAGCAUUAAGGAAAGUCUGUAAAGAGAAAACCGCAACAGAAGAUAUGAAGAACUCGAAGAAUGAUAUGCAAAGUAAUACAACAUUAAAUUCAAAUUAUAAAGUGACCACAUCGAUAACCGUCAAAGGUAAGCCUGGUUUGGAAAAACAUGUCCAGCAAAAAAAUACCAGUUCUGAUAGAAAAAAGCAGCUAACACAAAACUUCCAAAAAAAGACGGACGAUAUCAUUGCCAAAGCGAGUGAAAACAACGCGAAUCGAUUAGAAGCACAAUUCGUGCAGAAGACAGAAAAUUCUAUUGUCAGCAAAGAAAAGGCUGAACUCGUAAAUAAAUUCAACAAAGAACAAUUUACAUCUAAUCACGGAUUGGAAAAGAAGUCGAAUAUGAACGAAAAUUGUUCGAAGAUCACAAACAUUUUAUCCAGGGAUAUAAUUUUAGAUAAAGAAAUACUUAGUUCGGAUGAAAAAUUUGAAUCACCGAAAAAGAAAAGUCGUCCUCUCACAUCUAUAAUGAUAAGAAGGCAUCCGCGAGAAUCAACUGGUUCACAAAAUUCAAUAAGCAAAUAUUUAUCAUCGUCAACAUCGACAAUAGUAAGCAGUCACCCAAAAAAAGAUUGGGUAGCCAAGCCUAUAGCAAUACGCCGAACUCCUAGAAACGUGAUGACAACAGCCGCACUGACCGAAGAGGCGAUGGACGCCUGGCCUUUAACAAAACAAUCGAAUGUAUGCAAGGACUCAAAAAUUGGCAACACUGAGGGGAAUUCUGCUUCUACUGAACCCAAUGCAGAAAAAUCGAAGAAAGAGGAACUAGUUUCACCAUCGUUGGUGAUAAGUGAUAGCAACUGCGAACAUACUGAAGAAAUACGAUUAGUUUAUGAAGAGACGGUGGAAGAACGACCGUCAAAGGAUCUAGCUGAAGUAAAUUUUGCUGAAUAAUUUGCUUGAGUUCCCGAUGCGAACAUCGUAGCAAUAGCGCAUGCUCAGUCGAUAGAGACAUAAAGCUUAUCAACUCGACGCGCAUCCAUCUGGCAGCGGCAACCAUCCACCUCUUUCGAUUUGAGGCCAUUCCCCGAGUGAUUGGUCAAAUCAAAAGAAGAAAAAAGGAGAGCCAAUAAUGGUUUCUGAUCGUCCCGUAAAAUAUAAUUAGGUUAUGAGGAUUGAUGAACUAUUUUUCCGACCAAUGGCCAUAUUUAUUUCUACAUUUUCACAUCUUUAUAUUGUAUUUCCUGUAUUGACAGUCUUUCUAUUCACUUUGAUUUAUUUUCCCACUUGUACCGUUCAGAUUAUGUUAUAUAUGAUAGAUAUAUAGGAACGUAAUUUUUAUUUGAGAACUGAAAUGUUUAAUAAGCGUAAGCUGUCAACAAUACUUGCUGCUCAUAUAUCUAUCUUACUACAUACAAUAAGCAUUCUAUAGCUUUCUCUUCUUAGCUGAACGGAUCGAGUCUGUCGAUAAUAAGGUCCAAUAUAUCUAGUAGCGUGAUCGAUUUUUAUUCUUUGAUGUUCUUGUUCAUAAAUUUUGAUGUUAUGAACUGGCCAGUUUUGACUUCACUUUUAAUGUUUGUUCAAUUUUUUCUUAAUUGCAUCCUAUAGCUUAGGAUCUCCCAAGUUUCUAUCCUUACAACAAAAAAGGCCACUACUUACAAUAUUAUGAUUGCUUAAAAACCAUACGACUUGAAGUGCAUCAAUAUAAAAUUAU